UGGAAACAGGCGCGGUCAGUUGGAUUACUUGUAAUGAUGACUGGCUAUCUAUAGGAGUAUUCCCUGGCAUUUAAACUAGUCUUGCUGCUUUUUUUAUGAUGAUUCUAUAAAAAUAGGCUGCUUCUGCGCGUCAAGGACCAUCUUCAUUGUAUGGAAUAGGUAGCAUUCGGAGAUCAUCCAUGUCAAGACUUAAUCCUGAUCAAGAGCUGGCUAGUUUCCAACGACAACAGGAAGAAUAUGACAAGCUAUACCAGAUGCAGAUGCAUCAGCUUUCGGAACUUGAGCGACGUCAACAGGAGUUUCAACAGCAACAGGAGCAACAUGAACAACAUGAGCAGCAGGAACAACAGCAGGAGCAACAGCAAGAACAACAACCGACACAUGCUCAUAUACUCCAAUCAACAUUGUCCAUGCAGGGAUUUCACGAGCUUGAAAGCCCUACGAAUGGCUCGUUUUUGACACAAAACACCUCUAUGCCGUCUAUGCCCCCCUCACCUCUGCAGACCCCAAUGGUGAUGCGAGCAAAACGUAAGUCUUCAAUGUGUGAAGAGAGGUUUGACCCUUACCACAGCAACCACCUCAAGCGCAGGGCGGUUUCACCGUCGAUUGGACCCAUUAUUAGUCAUCGUCGAAGCCCAUCAAGCUCUCCAGCGCGUCACCUGUCUGGGCACUCUAGGCCCAAGACGGCGCUGUCUUCUCCUUCCGGAACUGGAUCGUUUUUCAGGCAUGGGAAUGGACUUGCUAAUGGCAUAAGUGGAGCCAUAUCGAGCGUUCACAGCUCCCCGAUAGAGAGCAGUGGGGCCAGCAGUGACGACAGUAUGAGUUUGAGCAGCCGAAGUAGCGUCAACGGAAGCAGUAGCGGUCUGGCUGGUUCAAGCAGUGUAUCAUCAACGUUGAACCUUCAGCAUACUUCGCGCUCGUUUUCUGAGCUGUCAUUGGAUAUUCCCAAAGACCAAGCCCACAAUUAAAUUAUGUUCAUUCAGUAGAUCUAUCACUUUUGUUGUAUCUUUGUCACAAAGCCAUGAAUAAUGCGCUGUUUACCAAAGAAAGAGAAUAAGUGGU